GAAAGGCACUUCCGGUGUAUGUUGCCUAGGCGCCGGCCUGGUGGGCCUGCAGGGACGGCAUCACUGGGUAGUCCUCUUCCCCCCCUCUUUUGGGGGUCGAGAUGUCGGGGCUCAGCUUUCCAGAGAUGGAGGGCUGUCGUAACCUCCUCGGCUUACUAGACAACGAUGAUAUCAUGGCCCUGUGCGACACCAUCACCAACCGCCUGGUGCGGCCUGAGGACCGCCAAGAUGCCAUUCGUGCAAUAUUAUUGUACAGUCAAAGUGCAGAAGAACUUUUGAAGCGUAAGAAAGUCCACCGAGAAGUCAUAUUUAAGUACUUGGCAACACAGGGGGUUAUUAUACCUCCAGCUACUGAAAAGCACAAUCUUAUUCAGCAUGCAAAGGAUUACUGGAAAAAGCAGUUACAUCUGAAAUUGAAGGAAACACCAGAGCCAGUUAAGACAGAGGACAUGAGACUAUCUCAACAGCAGGAAAAAGAAGAUAAAACUGAAAAAGUUGAUUUUCGUCGAUUAGGAGAAGAAUUUUGUCACUGGUUCUUUGAACUUCUUAAUUCUCAGAAUCCUUUUCUGGGACCACCUCAAGAUGAAUGGGGGCCACAGCACUUCUGGCACGAUGUCAAGCUUAGGUUUUAUUACAACACCUCUGAACAAAAUGUGAUAGACUACUAUGGAGCAGAAAUUGUGAGCCUUCGUCUGCUGUCACUAGUGAAAGAAGAGUAUCUUUUUCUCAGUCCCAACCUAGAUUCCCGUGGACUGAAAUGUGCUUCUUCUCCGCAUGGUCUGGUUAUGGUUGGAGUUGCUGGGACUGUCCACCGAGGGAAUACUUGUUUGGGCAUUUUUGAACAAAUUUUUGGACUCAUACGCUGCCCUUUUGUGGAAAAUACGUGGAAAAUCAAAUUUAUCAACCUGAGAAUUAUUGGAGAGGGUUCUCUUGCUCCUGGAACAUUAAUGAAACCAGCUAUUACAUUUGAACCUUGUGAUCUAGAGGCCUUUUAUAACACUGUUACUUUAUGCAGUCCAACUAAGUACAACUUAAUGUAAGCCAGGCAUUGGAUAGUGGAACUGGAGACCAAGCUUUAUGCAGUGGAGAUGAGGCAUUGUUGAACAAAAGAGAACUGAGUUCACCCAGCCCUCUAAAGCACUGAACAUGUUUGUCAGUCUAAAAAACCUUCUAUACAGAAACUCUUCCAGAUAUCACAUCAGUAAUGUCUAAGUGAUUUCAGGUGCGAGGAUUGACAUAUUUUAGUUGAAGUAUCUUUCUUGACAACAGACUAAUGUAUUAUGUGAAUACUUGCCUCUUUCUACAUGACUUGCAGCAAAUGUUCUGAGAGCUAAUGCAGUUCAUCAAAUAAAUCCCACUUUAGAUGGUAUAACUAACGGUGUGCCUUAGAAACCAGGUAAUAUUUUCAUUUUACUUAGUGAAUAUUCUGCUAAUAUCUGUACUUUUCAUGUCGGAAGGGUUUAAUGUAAACUCAGAGUUACCAUUUUAGAAAACUUGAGUGACAUUCUCACGCAAAAAGUCAAAUAACGUAAAUUUACUUUGCCUUUUUAAAAUGAGGAACAUUUUUCAGUUAUCUGUAGUAGUCCAAGCUAAAUAUCUUAAAAUCUGCAACAUUUUCUGAACUCUUGGGCAAUGAUAAAUGCUGUUCUCAAAACAGACCUUAUUC